AAACUUUAUCUCACUACUCAAAAAAAAAAAAAAAAAAAUGUCGACUUCAGUAGAACAACCUAGUAACGGCGGCGCUAUUACCGAGAAUACUAACAACGGUGCUUUAACGGUGAAGAAACCGCCGGCAAAAGACCGUCAUAGUAAAGUUGACGGACGUGGACGGCGUAUAAGGAUGCCAAUUGUAUGUGCAGCUAGGGUUUUUCAACUAACACGUGAAUUAGGUCAUAAAUCUGAUGGACAAACAAUUGAAUGGUUAUUAAGACAAGCUGAACCUUCAAUUAUUGCUGCAACGGGUACUGGUACUAUGCCUGCUAGUUUCUCUACUGUUUCCGUUUCGUUACGAAACAACGGAAACAGUAGUAGUAAUAAUAAUAAUAAUAACAACUGUUCGUUGUCGUCUUCGGUUUCAUCAAUGAGUUCAGGUUCACUCAAUCAAAAGAUGCUGUCAUCAUCCUCGUUGAUUUCUUCUCCGGCGCCGUUUUUGCUUGGGAAGAGGUUAAGGCCUGAGGAUGAUGACGGAAGUGGGGAGAAGGAUGACGUCAGCAACGGCGGAGGUCCUACUGCUGGAUUUUGGGCUGUUCCGGCUAGGUCUGAUUUCGGACAAGUUUGGAGCUUCGCGCCGCCGCCGGAGAUGGCGGCUGCGGCAGCGGCAAUGAAUUCGCAGCCUUCGAGGUUUCUUCAGCAGCAUAUGGAAGAAGCAUCGGCUGGUAGGGUUGGGAAUUACUUUCCUAUAGCUCAAGGGCAUCUGAAUUUGCUAGCUUCUCUUUCGGGUUCUGGACCGCCGAGAAGAGAGGACGAUGGACAUUGAAGAUAUGAAGUAUUUAUUUGCUGUUUAUGAUAUGUAUAAAAUGAAUAUUAUUGUUGUUCUUUGUUUGUUGUAUUUGUUCUGUUAGAAGUGACAUUGUUGUUAAUUUUAGGCGUUUAGGUAGUGUAGUGAGUGAGAAAUGGAACUAGGUUUUGUGCAAUUUGUUGAAUUAUUGCUAGGGUUAGAUUGUUUGGUUGUUCCAUUGUAUUUGUUAGGGUUUCAGUUCUUAAGUUAUGAGUGCUGUAGCCAUGAAGAGAUAAGAAAAAGAUAACACAAGAAUCCAAGGGAGCUUCUUGUGUUGAAUUUGGUUGGAAAUUGGAACUCUCAAUAAGUGCUUGGCCAUUUUGAUAAUGGUGGAGUGGAGAAGAUAAGUAUCGGUGUGUGGUCUACAAAAACCUGUAGUUCUGCAUGAUUGUUUUUUGUAAUGAAACCAUGGAGGUUUCUGAUGAAUUGAAUUCUGUAAUUUGUUGAAACUGUCUGCAUGAGAAGAUAAUCUUUCAGACUCGAAAAGAGUGCUAUGGACUUUGUUCCUUAAGUA